GCGGACAGCUGAGAGAGAAGAGGGGGGGGGGGGCGAGAAAAGUCUUAAAAUUAGACAGACAACGCCAUAAAAGAAGACAUAAGCAAAGGACGACGCUGGCGUUGAUUCUCGAAUCAAGAGUUUUUAUUUUUGUCCGCUGAAGACGCCUGCCAGGCCCCGUCUCUUCUCCAUCUCCAGCCCAGCGCUUCAUUCCCAGCCUAUAUAUUGCACAGAUUAGCUCAAUUACGGAAGCUAGUGAAGAAGCUGGACCCUGCACUAAAGGCACAUAUAAGAAAUGUCAUUGCUGUGUGUUGGAGUGAAGAAAGGCAAGCUCGAUGGACCCCAAGAGAAAUUUAACACAUACGUGACCCUGAAGGUGCAGAAUGUUAAGAGCACAACCAUCGCUGUGCGUGGCAGUCAGCCAUGCUGGGAGCAGGACUUCAUGUUCGAAAUAAACCGCCUGGAUCUGGGCCUGACGGUGGAGAUGUGGAAUAAAGGGCUGAUCUGGGACACCAUGGUGGGCACCUUAUGGAUCCCCCUGAGCAACAUACGGCAGUCCAAUGAGGAGGGUCCAGGCCAGUGGCUGACCCUGGACUCCAAUGCGAUCAUGGCUGAGAAUGAGAUCUGUGGAACCAAAGACCCGACCUUUCACAGGCUGCUGCUCGACACCCGCUUUGAACUGCCACUAGACAUUCCUGAGGAAGAGGCCAGAUACUGGGCCAAGAAACUUGAACAACUAAAUGCCAUGAGAGAUCAAGAUUAUGCCUAUCAAGAAGAACAGGAGCGACCUCUCCAUGCACCAACCACACAGUGCUGUAAUUGGAGUCUGUGGGGAGAACAGCAAAACGAAGACCCAGACAGCGCCGUGGACGACAGGGACAGCGACUACCGCAGUGAGACCAGUAACAGCAUCCCGCCUCCCUUCUACACCACCUCCCAGCCCAACGCUUCCAUGCAUCAGUAUCCCAUGAGGAACCAGCAGUACAACGACGGAAUCCAUGAGCUGGACUACGACCAAAGAGCCCUGAGACGCAAUGAUAGUUUAGACUCGGCCACCAACGGGCGCAGUGAUAUCGACUCAGGCUCAGGGUCGAGCCGGCGCACCAGUCGUCGGUAUUCUCUAGACAGUAGGCAUUCACUGUCCGAUAGUCCCACAGACAGUCGUUACGCCUCGUCAGGCGAGUUGAGUCGAGGCAGCUCUCAGCUCAGCGAGGAGUUUGUUGCUCAGGAUGGCGGAAGCUUGCGGGGUUCAGAGUUCUACGAUGAAAACGACUCUUACCACUCCUGCCACUCCUCCGUCAGCUACGGCAAAGAGGAUUCCCCGGUCUGGGAUGGUGAGGACCCCCAGGGCGUCUACAGCGACGAAGGAGGCUACGUCAAAGAUGGAGGGGAAGAGGGGGCGUUGUAUGCCGGAGGGGAAGAGGGGGCGUUGUAUGCCGGAGGGGAAGAGGGGGUGUUGUAUGCCGAAGAGGAGGGUGAGAUGUAUGGGGAGGAAGGAGAGUACACCUACGAAGAUGGGGAGGAGAUGCCUUUUGAAGAAGAUGAAGAUAUGUAUCCACUUGACGGCACACUCAGUGAAGAACAGGAGCCGCCCUACACCCCCACACCCACAAGCACAGUCCCCACCCAUAUGCCCCCCUCUGAUGGUCUGUCCUCCCCCAGGCCACCUCUGGAGAAGCAGGCAUCGUUGCAUCAACAGCGGCCAGCCCAUGAUCAGCUCCAGCCCACCAGCACAGCUCCCGCUCUACUUCCAGUCACACAGGACAACACGUUGCCCCCUUUCAGUGUAGAAUCCAUCAAACCUCCGUUUGCACCCACCAAGCCAGCUCUGUCAACCCCCAUUACAUCCACCCCCACCCCUACAACGCAGGUUCCAGCUCCAGAUACCGAGCCCCUGGAGCCGGAACCCAAAUAUGAGGUGCCGUUGGAGGAACCUCGACCUCCUGAGAAGCCUCCAGCAGCAGAGAGCGUCCCCCCAGCUCCUGAGAGAACAGAGGAGCCAUCAGUUCCAAGCUUCCCAAAGAGGGAACCCAUGGAGCCUGGUCCUGCCAGAGCCAAAGCCAACUGGCUUCGACUUUUCAGCCGAGUACGACUACAGCUGCAAGAGGCCCGAGGAGAAAGUGUUGGCAUCGCCUCUCUGCUUUUAUCGGCAGGGAUGGGUGGCGCUCUGUAUAGCAUUGACAGCAUGCCAGACCUCAGGAAGAGGAAAGCUAUGCCUCUCGUCCGAGAUCUGGCUAUGUCCUUGGUCCAGAGCUCCAGGAAGGCAGGCAUCACCUCGGCCCUGACCUCCAGCACCCUGCAUAACGAAGAACUGAAGAGUCACGUCUACAAGAAGACCCUCCAGGCCCUCAUAUAUCCCAUCUCCUGCACCACCCCACACAAUUUUGAGGUGUGGACGGCCACCACGCCCACUUACUGCUACGAGUGUGAGGGACUGCUGUGGGGUAUUGCUCGUCAGGGCAUGCGCUGCACAGAGUGCGGCGUCAAAUGCCACGAGAAGUGCCAAGAUCUACUCAAUGCUGAUUGUCUGCAAAGAGCAGCAGAGAAGAGCUCCAAACACGGCGCCGAGGACCGAACCCAGAACAUCAUCAUGGUUCUUAAAGACCGCAUGAAGAUCCGCGAGAGGAACAAACCGGAGAUCUUUGAACUCAUUCAGGAGGUGUUCACCGCCCCCAAGGCCACUCACGUCACCCACAUGAAGCAGAUCAAGCAGAGCGUGCUCGAUGGCACCUCUAAAUGGUCGGCCAAGAUCUGCAUCACAGUGUUAUGUGCCCAGGGUCUACAAGCCAAGGACAAAACCGGCUCCAGUGAUCCUUACGUCACAGUCCAGGUGGGAAAGACCAAAAAGAGGACCAAGACCAUCUACGGCAACCUCAACCCUGUCUGGGAGGAGACAUUUAAUUUUGAAUGUCACAACUCCUCAGACCGUAUCAAGGUGCGAGUUUGGGACGAGGACGACGACAUUAAGUCUCGUGUAAAGCAGAAGUUCAAGCGGGAGUCAGACGACUUCCUCGGUCAAACUAUCAUCGAGGUCCGGACUCUGAGCGGAGAGAUGGACGUCUGGUACAAUCUGGACAAGCGUACAGACAAAUCAGCUGUGUCUGGGGCUAUCCGCAUGCACAUUAAUGUAGAGAUCAAAGGAGAGGAGACGGUCGCCCCCUAUCACGUUCAGUACACCUGUCUGCAUGAAAACCUCUUCCACUAUGUGACAGAUAUCCAGAACAACGGUGUGGUGAAGAUCCCCGAUGCCAAAGGGGAUGACGCGUGGAAGGUCUACUUUGAGGAGACUCCCCAGGAGAUUGUAGAUGAGUUUGCCAUGCGUUAUGGAGUGGAGUCCAUCUACCAAGCCAUGACUCACUUUGCCUGCCUGUCAUCUAAGUACAUGUGUCCAGGUGUGCCUGCAGUGAUGAGCACCCUACUGGCCAACAUCAACGCCUACUACGCUCACACCACCCAGGCAACGAACAACGUCUCUGCCUCCGACCGCUUUGCUGCUUCUAACUUCGGGAAAGAGCGAUUUGUCAAGCUUCUAGACCAGCUUCACAACUCCCUGAGGAUCGACCUGUCCAUGUACCGCAACAACUUCCCUGCCAGCAGUCCUGAGAGGCUGCAGGACCUGAAGUCCACAGUGGACCUGCUCACCAGUAUCACCUUCUUUAGAAUGAAGGUUCAAGAGCUUCAGUCUCCACCCAGAGCCAGUCAGGUAGUGAAGGAUUGUGUCAAAGCCUGCCUCAACUCCACCUACGAGUACAUCUUUAAUAAUUGUCAUGAGCUGUACAGCCGCGAGUAUCAGACAGACCCGGCCAAACAGGGAGCUGUGCCUCCGGAGGAGCAGGGGCCGAGCAUCAAGAAUUUAGAUUUUUGGUCCAAACUCAUCACACUUAUCGUCUCCAUUAUCGAGGAGGACAAGAACUCCUACACUCCCUGCCUAAACCAAUUUCCCCAGGAGCUCAACGUGGGUAAAAUCAGCGCUGAAGUGAUGUGGAACCUGUUUGCUCAGGAUAUGAAGUAUGCAAUGGAGGAACAUGAAAAAAAUCGCUUGUGCAAGAGUGCAGAUUACAUGAACCUGCACUUCAAGGUCAAGUGGCUGUUCAACGAGUACUGCAAAGACCUGCCCUUCUUCAAGAGCAGAGUGCCUGAAUAUCCUGCGUGGUUUGAGCCAUUUGUCAUUCAGUGGCUGGACGAAAACGAGGAAGUGUCUCGGGACUUUCAGCACGGUGCUUUGGAGAGAGACAAAAAAGAUGGGUUCCAGGUCACAUCAGAACAUGCUCUGUUCUCCUGUUCGGUGGUGGACGUGUUUUCCCAGCUCAACCAGAGCUUUGAGAUCAUCAGGAAGCUAGAGUGUCCGGAUCCGCAGAUCGUAGGACACUACAUGAAGCGAUUUGCUAAGACCAUCAGCAAUGUGCUUUUGUCCUAUGCUGAUGUCAUAUCCAAGUUGUUUGCCAACUAUGCCACCAUGGAGAAAGUGCCCUGCAUCCUUAUCAACAACAUCCAACAGCUGAGAGUUCAGCUGGAGAAGAUGUUUGAAGCCAUGGGUGGAAAAGAUCUGUGUGUGGAGGCCAGUGAUUUCCUGAAAGACCUGCAGGUUAAGCUCAACAAUGUCAUGGAUGAUCUCAGCAGGGUCUUUGCUGUCAGUUUCCAGCCUCACAUAGAGGAGAAUGUGAAGCAGAUGGGAGACAUCUUGGCUCAGGUGAAGGGAACAUCAAAUGUGGGAAAUGCCAGCAGCGUGGCCCAGGAUGCUGACAACGUCCUGCAGCCCAUCAUGGAGUUCCUGGACAGCAACUUGACUUUGUUUGCUAAAAUCUGUGAGAAGACUGUGCUGAAACGUGUGUUGAAGGAGCUGUGGAAGCUGGUGAUGAACACCAUGGAGAAGACCAUCGUUCUGCCGCCACUCACAGACCAAACGAUGAUUGGGAGGCUGAAGAAUGCUUCUCACAGUGAUGGCACUCAGCUCAUCUUUAACGCUGCCAAGGAGCUGGGACAGCUGUCCAAGCUGAAGGAGCACAUGGUUCGAGAAGAGGCCAAAGCACUCUCCCCGAAGCAGUGUGCUGUGAUAGAGCUCGCCCUGGACACCAUCAAGCAAUAUUUCCAUGCUGGCGGUGUGGGUCUGAAGAAGACUUUCCUGGAGAAGAGUCCUGACCUCCUGUCUCUCCACUACGCCCUGUCCCUCUACACACAGGCUACAGACAAACUCAUUAAGACCUUCGUCUCAUCACAGAACGCACAAGUGUUCGGCGGGAAGGGGGUGAGGUUCACCACUAGUGAGGAUGUUUACCCAGAGAAGGGCUCUGGGGUGGACGACGCCGUGGGAGAAGUGUCCAUCCAUGUAGAGAUAUUCACUCACCCCAACACUGGAGAGCACAAGGUCACAGUGAAAGUGGUGGCUGCCAACGACCUGAGGUGGCAGACGCAGGGAAUAUUCCGGCCAUUUGUGGAGGUGUAUAUCAUCGGCCCUCACCUCAGCGACAAGAAGAGGAAGUACGCCACCAAGUCGAAGAACAACAGUUGGGCUCCCAAAUACAACGAAUCCUUCAUUUUCGCCCUGAGCAGCGAGGUUGGUCCUGAGUGCUACGAGCUGCAGGUGUGUGUGAAGGACUACUGCUUCGCGCGAGAGGACCGCACCGUUGGCAUGGCCGUCCUGCAGCUGAAGGACAUGGCCUCCAAAGGCAGCGGCGCCUGCUGGCUGCCGCUGGGUAAACGCAUCAACAUGGACGAGACGGGCCUCACCGUCCUGCGUAUCCUCUCCCAACGCAACAACGACGACGUGGCCAAGGAGUUCGUCAAGCUCAAGUCGGACCAGCGCUCUGCAGAGGAGGGCCGCAGCUAAGAGACAUAACAGAAACAAAAGAAAAGAAACCCGUUUGAAGCUCAAUCAGACGUCGCCACCUACUGCCCUGGGGCUCUCCUGAGCCACUGCUAGCCACUGCCCUGCUGAUCCAGUUUUGUAAAAGCACAGAGAAGACAACAGUCACCACACAUCCAGUGCUGUAAACACAUUCAUGUCAGUAGGAAGAACACAGUGCUAAACUAAUCAUCGAUCAUUUUCCUCGAAAAGCACCAGUGUCUUUAUUGGUGCAGAUAUUAUCAGCCAUCCUUUUGAUGAAAAAUACAUAGAGUUUAAUCAAAGAGCAUAUAUAUACUUUCCUCUGUCUGUAGAGGUGAGUCACGCCAUACCACACACACACACACACACACACACACACACACACACACACACACACACACACACACACACACACAAAACUCGUUCUUGUAGCGUUUAACAUUUUGGCUUCUUCUCGUCCCUUCCCUGCCCUGCACCCAUUUAGAGAAGGGACAGAAAGUGCCAACAGAUAAACGCUUAAAUAUGCCAAGACCAGCCCUCCGCCCAGCCAACUGUCCAACUGACACAUUAACAACAACAACAACAACAACAACAAUGGCUGCAAGGCCUCAAACAUUCCAGAUAUCGGGCGGGGGACAAAACACUAUAAAGUUAAGAUCAUUUGAAUAUUUAUUUACGGCUUUCUUCCAAAUUAUAUUUAUAUUUAAAUAAUUCUAUACAUCAUAAUAUAUAAUAUGAAGGACAUAUGUAAAGUUAUAUACAGGAUUAUUUGAUGGCCACAUGGACCUUGAAAGAUUGUCCUCGUCUGUCUUUAUGUCCGUCUACCCUGUAACAGAGCACACUGCCUGACACCCUCAAUGCCUUCUGUCUCGUUGACCCUCGUACGGUACGUCUGUCUCCUAUAUAGUGUCUGUAUAGAGAGAUUAAUCUGAUGAAAGCACGCCUUUAAGCCCCGUGAUUCAUCCGAAUAGAUGUGUGUCCGAGUGUGAAUGUUUAAUCUGUGUUUGGAGCACGUGUGGAGCUCAUAAUGUGCGAGUGUGUUUGUAAGAUGUUCUAAUUGUUGACCUCAUGUAGCCGCCCGUAAUCACAGAAAGCCAUCACAAGCAAAGAACUUCACACAGAGGGGGGGGGGGGGGGGGGAGUUAAUAUUCACAUUAGAUUUUGGAGGAUUUUCAAAGUGUCUUUUACUCUGAAGUGGAUGCAUCUGAUUUCUUAUGAUGGGUAUUUCCAUCGAUGUUUGUGUUACUGUAAACAUUCCCGACAGCCCUGUACUGGGCGUGGAGAGGUGCAUUAUCAUCUUGACUGCCACUUCCUUUUCUUAAAUAUUAUUUUUUUAAUUGCCAAUUUAAAACCUGUGUGUAAGGAGAUUAUAAAAACCUGAGAUUCUGCUCUGCGAAAGCAACAUGCUCUGAGGAAAAAACAUCUAUGUGGGUGACACAAACCCACACACUGCACCACAGGAAGAGCAUUACAUCAGUGUUGAUAUACCACCAAUGGUCCCUCACUGAUGCAGCUGCAGGUGCUGUAACCCUGAUACCAAGAAGUCAGACCUCUGAUGAAGGGCUGCAGAUCCAGACCUCACCAGGUCUGGCGCUGACAUUUAAAAGAGGGCCUACAGCUUAGUAGAGAUGUAGUGUGAAGAUUUAGAAGCACAGGGUCUUUAAUGCACCCAUAAUAACACAUUUAUACUCUGAUUUUUUUAUUUAUUUUUCAGCAAUUGUUUAUGGAAUGACAGGAAUUACACAUUAAACCUUCACGUCAUCCUGCAAAUUCAUUUCUUAGAGUCAAUUACAUGUGAAACUAAAUGUUUUGAAUUGACUGUCCAGCAUGUCUCUUAAUUGAACUUUUCAUGAAUGCCCUUUUUUAAAAAGAUUGAUUGGUUUAUUUAUCUAUAUGAGAUGUGUAUGUUUGUCGUGAAGAAUCCAGCAUCCAUGCUAGGAAAUAAAAAAUAGUCCAAGUUUAAUAAUGACAGGGUGUUGUUAGUUUUUUCUAUUUCUGCCUCUUUUUUAAGUUCCCCCCAAAGCACUUGUUUGUAAAUGGAUAAUUUAACAGGACCCCUCUUUUGAACAAGGUGUAAGAACUUGAACUCUAUGCAUCUAAUCUAUAAAAAUAUAUGUAGAUGAGUCAUUUUUGAAGCAGUCUUAUAAUGUUUACAUUGUGGAUUAUUCUUAUAUCAGCACAAGUGCUUGUCUGAUAUGCUGUACAUGAUGUCUCUAUUGUAAUGGGCCAAAUAUCACAGCGGUAGUAGAGCUGAUUAGAGACUGAGAUUUGUUUGUACAGCUUUUCAGCACUGAGGAAAAUAAUCUGGAUGGAUUGUUGUUGUUGGACGUUGUAAAUAGCUCGGAUGUAACAAACACGUCAGACUAUGUGAAGUGAAGUUUGCUGCUCUUUUGUAGACUUGAAUAUUUGCUCUGGGUGACUGUGCAGUUGAAGAUUAUGUGUGUGUGGUUUCCCCAAUCUGGAUAUGUAGCUAUUAUUGAAAGAUAUAUGAAGGCCAUGUUGAACACUGGAGAUGAAUAACAAGUGAUUUGUAAAAAAAUAAGAUCAUUUUAAAAAGGGCCAAAUAAAUACACCGCUAGUUUCUCAGUUUUAGAAGAACUACCUAAACUAAGAUAGUCACUCUCCAGUGUGAACAGGGUUUUUAAAAUUAUUAUUCAAGGGGACAUCUGCACAGUCUUUUAAUAACAGGUACACAACUGUCACAUAGCUGGAAAUGCCACGAAAAAAAUAAUCUUUAUUUAUUGCUGUUUGACAAUGAUACUUCAGUCUCCUCCUUCAGAGGCUCAGUUUGCGUGUCGGGGUAUCGGACUGGCAUGUGGAACAGGAAUGCACACAGAAGUUAAGGACAAGGAGAAAUGUAGAAGCACAACGAAAAAGCACAGAGAGCAGACAGACAUGCAUGAUCUGUUCUGUCUCGCUGACCAGGCCACACAAGACAGACGGCUGCGCAGCGACGCCGGUCCUGUACUUCCAGAAAAAGUGCAUGAUAGGAACAAUAAAACUAAAAGAAAAAAAUGUUAUUGUGCCAGCACGCAUAAUUACUUGAUGUUAAAUUGCCAAUUGUUGUCUCCUUUUAUUUUGAUAUUUCAUUAUUGUUUUCUAUUUUUCAAAUGUUUGUGAAUAUAUAAAUAUGUAUUACUGAUGAUGUGUAGUGGUACAAAGUACUGGCAUGAGAAUUUUUUUAUACACAAGAUGUUUCUAAUUUUCUGCGUUUUUUUUAUUCUAGUUGUUCUUAUUGGGGGUCGAGGUUACUGGGACUGCAGUCUCAUUGUGUUUCUGCUUCCAAUAAAAUAUGAAAGAAAAGCUUCA